GCCUUUAAGUGGGACUUUUUGUCCUCUGGGGUGCAGGAGUGCUGAAUAAUGGCAGGGCGAAGCUCAGCAAAACUCAUUGAAGCUGUCCGGUAUUAUUCAUCCGGGGCCAAUGGCAGCGCCGCACUUGUUGUUGAUGUCGGUGGAGGGGGAGGAGCCUAACUCCUGUUGCUAUAGAAAUAAUUAGGAUGAAAAGCAAGCUCCUGCAGCCAAUGGAUCGCCUCCUCUGCAUCACUUUGUCGCAAAGUGCAUUGAUGACGAGCCCCCAGAAGCUUCUGUGUCUGUGUGUGCUGCUGCCGCUCAUUGUCACAAACUGGGCAGGUGCGCUCCACACACACAGCAAACACGGCGCCGCAGCUCACAAAGACGGGAGCGGCAAAACGCCUCCCGGAGGCCGCCUCCCCAAGCAGGGGCUGAAGUGGGCCGCCGCAGCCGCCGCCGCCACCGGCGUGCUCGGGGGCACGGGCACCGGCUACGGCCUGGGCUUCCUGGGAAGGCCCAAGCACAACUCCGGGGGUCACGGCGGAGGAAAGCGGGUCUCGUCGGAGCAGCGCCACCACCAGGACCGCCAGAGGUUCAACAACCAGUCGAGAUGGCGGGCGUUUCUGAGGGCGGCGGCCCCGCCGGCGGACAUCAACAGCCUGUGGGUGACGCUGGGUCACACCGUCACCUUGGUCUUCAGCGCCUGGAUGGCGGCUGUGUGAGUGUGUGAUGCAACAUGCAGCUGUGUGUGUGUGUGUGUGAUGCAACAUGCAGCUGUGUGUGUGUGUGUGUGCUGCACACUGAAUAAAGUUUUGCACGUCU